AUGCCUGCUGAAGGCAACCCUGGCACCUUUGUUCGGCGAAAUGAAGUGUUACCUCAGGAUUUUGCUCCCGUCACUUCUAGAAUCAAUCAACAGCAGCCUGUCGAAGCUACCACCCCAUUAUGGGAUAACCAAUCGAUUCGACCUCCCGGAGAUUCUAGCACUGAAGUUCCCGAAUUUUGUGGGCCGUCGAGCUCAGAGCACACUCUGAACGUGGUCAGUGGAAACCUCAAGGCAAUGGGCAUCCCAGGGGCCAUUCUUGAAAAACCUACCCCGAGAAUGGGAAGUGCGCUUGGCUCUUCAUCGAGAUUAACACAGUAUGGUCCACUCAUGAAGUUACUGAACAUGGAUCCAUUAUGGGACGUCAAGAAACAGGAUGCCUUUCACCUUAUCGAUGAUUGGUGUUACCAUGUUGGGUCGCUUUUCCGGCUUGUGACCCGCUCUGAGACACUGAAAGUUGCCAGCAACGUUUUCGAGGUGCUGGAGAACGCGCAAAGAGACGGACCUUUCUACAAGGGAGGGCGAGUUCUGGAAGUGCUUUUCAACGACGACACCAAUAAGAUGAAACUCGUGCUGGCCAUUGAACGUACGCUUGAGAGUGGAGGCAGAAACGAUCAAGCUCAAAGGCUCUUUCAAAGCAUCACAGAAGCGGUGGAGAGCAUCAUGUGGCACCCUAAUGGCAUUCACGAUAUUCAGCUCCUCAUCCUCGUGGCCCUAUACCAUUAUCACCUCGACGAUGAAGUCCGUACGGGCCGGUUCAGUGGAUUUGCGGCAAGAUUGUGUCUGGAAAUGGGUUUACAUCGUCGAGAAAUUGUGGAAAAGACCUUUCCUAACCCAGAGGAACGAUCAGUGGCUCUUCGAACGUUUUGGUCGGUUUAUAUGCUCGAAAGAAGAACGAGCCUGGACCUCGGAAUACCGUUCUAUAUCCAGGAUUCUUACGUUCAUCCUUCCCUGUUCGAACUUGACGAGUCUGAUUCAAUACUCUCUAUUCUACUUCAGUGGACCAAACUGGCCGGAAAAACCUGGAACGCACUGAACAGCCAGGGCGAAAGAGGCGCAGAGCUAAAGCUUGAUGACCUUGACUAUAUUAACUACCAAAUCCUGCACUGGUAUGAUCAACUUCCAAACAAUCUCAAACUCAGCCAGAAUCGAGCAGAGCGGCAAAUACAGUACGAAAAUCUGGCAUACCAUCAGGCCAUCCUGGUCGUUCGCAAACACCAUCUUCUGAAUUUAAUCUUUAGGCCAGUCUUGCAAUCGUUCUCCCGGAUCAAUCAAAAUCAGCGGUAUGCUCAGACAGCAAUCACAAUCGUGAAAGAGUCGAUUCAAACCCCGUCAGAAUUCCGCGAGCACACCGCAAUAAUCGACAAGCAUGCACUAUUUUUUAAACAUCUUCUGCUCACAGCAUUUGGGAAUCUUUUACUAGCAGUGGUCAAUGCCAGCUCAUUAUUCUGGGACAGCGUGAGAAAUGAAUUUGAUACAGCCCUACAUCUGGUCAAGGUCCUGAGCGCCAAAUCGUCUCCCAUGAUGCGGCUAUGGAGCCGCCUACAGGGUCUACGAGAACUACAAACGAAACUUCUCCACGCGUCCAAUGCAUGCGUGUCGAACAACGAGUCGGGGGACUUUCGCUUCAAGAAUUGUUCCCACCUUUUCCAAACGUGGGAUCGCUAA